AUGAGCUCCUCGACUUCGGCCAUUCUCUACGCCCUCACGAUUUCGGCGACGUCGCCGGAGCCUGCGGUUCCUGAUGAUGCUGCUGGCAAACCGCAUCAUGCCAAAGAUGGUUAUACGAAUCCUUGGGAAUCGUACCAGCAGAUGCGGCCUUGGGAAAUAGCAAGGACCAUGAUAGGUCGACGUUUCUCCGGCGAAGCAAAUGUCCCCGACACCACACCUCCAACCGUCACCGUACAAAAACCAACCUUCCUCGCCUCGCGAGAAAAAACCGACACCGUACGAGCAACCUGGCUUGGACACGCGUGCUACUACGUCGAAUUCCCCAGCGGACUGAGAGUCCUCUUCGAUCCGGUCUUUGAAGACCGCUGCUCCCCGUUCUCAUGGCUCGGGCCGAAACGACAUACGGAACCACCGUGCCAAAUCAGCGAGAUUCCCACUAUCGACGUCGUCGUGAUCUCACAUAAUCAUUACGAUCAUUUGUCGCUGCCGUCUGUCACGGAUAUUUCCAAGCGUCACCCCAAUUGCCACUUCUUCGUGCCGCUGGGUAACGAGCAAUGGUUCCAUAGUAUAGGCAUUAAGAAUGUCACCGAGUUGGAUUGGUGGGACCAGCGCGAUUUUAAUCUGUCGCCGCAAACACAGCAGACUGAGACGACUGAGGUUGAGAAAGGCUCGACGCAGAGCAAGAUAGGCGAGAUUGUGGGAAGGAUUAGCUGUAUGCCAUGCCAGCAUAUCAGUGCGCGGUCACCGUUUGAUCAACGCAAGACCUUGUGGGCAUCAUGGGGUGUUGAAUCUGGUGGCCGCAAUGUUUAUUUUGCCGGAGAUACUGGUUACCGAACCGUUCCCUUUAUGAAAGGCGUCACCGACGACCACGCCCCCGAACACAAAUUCCCUACUUGCCCUGCCUUUAAACAAAUUGGCGAACUCCGCGGUCCUUUCGAUCUCGGCCUUAUCCCUAUCGGCGCAUACGAGCCGCGAUGGAUAAUGAGCCCCAUGCAUGCAGACCCGCACGACGCCGUCAAUAUUUUCCAGGACACCAAAUGCCAACGCGCCCUCGGUAUGCAUUGGGGUACCUGGGUCCUGACGGAGGAAGACGUGCUGGAGCCGCCAAAGAAGUUGAAGGAGGCGCUGAAGAGGAACGAUUUGCCUGAGGAGGGCAAGUUCGACGUUUGUAACAUUGGCGAGAGCCGCGAGUUUUGA